AUGGCCUAUCGCGGGACGGUGAACUCGCGGACCAACCAGCGAUGGAUGCUCUCGGAGCAGGCUUCCCAGUUUGCCUCCGGGGAGAACGGCAAGGCCGGCGCAGGCCCAAUGCUGCCCCCGCUGUCUUCGCAGGGCGCCGUGCAGGCGAGCAAGACGCCCUCUGGUCGGAGCCCGUCCAAGGCUCCCAGGAGCCCUUCCAAGGCGCUCCCGAGCUCGGAAAAGCUCUCCGAGGCCUUCCGCGAGGUGGAGCAGUUGCUCAGAGCACGUCCGAAGAUGCCCAGCGACGCUGACCGCCAGAAAGAAGCGACAGCAGCUGUGGGAGGUGACGCUCUCAUCAGCCCUCAGCCUUCGAUGACGAAGGCGACCUCUGCUCCGGCGCUUUUGAAGCAGCCGACGGCCACCAAGCGGCUCCCUCCUCCGCCUCCUCAGGUGGAGCUUCCGACCGAGUACGACUCGGACGACGAGGAGGUGAAGAAAGCCAAAGCCGAGCGGGGCCCCAAGCGUAGUGUGGCGCUCAAGAUUGCUGCGCGCCGGAUGCUGGACAGUGACCCGCCGCCACUGCCCAUGGCACGGCACAAGGUACAAGGGGCCCAUGGCCUGGAAUACCACAAGGUUGUCGACAUUUCAGCCAUACAAUCCAGCUGCGAGCAGCUCGGCGGAAACAUCUCCGUCGAGCAGAUGCUUGGCCGCCGCCGACAGCGUGAGGAAAGGGAGCAAGAACAGGAGCGGCUGCGCCGCGAGCAGGAGCAGUCCAGGUGGCUGCACAACAGCUCAGCGCGAACCUUGUCCUGGGAGGAGCGGCAAGAGCAGGUGAUGCUUCGUCGACGCCAGCGUCGGCAGGAGGAGGCCUACAGGAGACUCGCCGCAACGCGGGAAGCAAGAAAGCUGGUGAAAGGUGCCGGUCUUGAUGGGGAUCUUUCCCCGACUAUGGGGGCGUUGUUGCGAGACAUGCCAUCCAAGCCGGAGGAGGACCGCGAAACGUAA